AUGAAGCGAGCCAGAGAUAUACGAGACCAGUUGGAGGGCCUAUUGGAGAGGGUUGAAAUUGAGCCGUUGUCCAAUCCCAAUGAUCUAGAUGCAAUAAAAAAGUCCAUAACGUCUGGUUUUUUCCCCCAUUCUGCAAGGCUACAAAAGAAUGGAUCCUACAGAACUGUGAAACAUCCACAGACCGUUCACAUUCACCCCAGCUCAGGGUUGUCACAGCUGGGUCGAAGAAAAUGCCACGAGGGCUGGGAAGAGUAUGAUAGCAGCUGGCUUCAUGUUGGUUCAUCAGAUGUGAAGAGACUUAUAAUGGGAACUUCGCAGGACAGAUUAGGAGCUGUUUUGAGAGGCCAUUUAAGGUUGUAUUAUAGAUAUCUUGUGAAUUAUGAGGAUGCGGAUUGA